GGUGCCCUGAGCGCAGCUAAGACAGCUUUACAAAUGACAGCAACAUGGCAGCUUUUAGUGAUUCCCUUGCUGUUGUAUCUUGGCCCAAGUGUUGCCAAUCCCAUAGCCCCCGUAACCAAAUUUAUUAUAUUGCACAACAAUGAUAUGCACGCCAGAUUUGAGCAGACCAAUAUUAAUGGAGGCAGCUGCAGCAAGGAGCAAGCCGAGCAGAACAAAUGCUAUGGCGGCUUUGCACGCGUGGCACAUGAAGUGCGUAGACAUCGCGAGGAGGCUAAGAAUGGAGGCACUGCUGUGCUUUAUCUAAAUGCUGGGGACACCUAUACGGGCACCAACUGGUUUGCCGUCUUCAAAGACAAAAUGGUCAGCGCUUUUCUUAACAAACUGCAACCGGAUGCUAGUUCCCUAGGCAACCAUGAGUUUGAUGAGAGCGUACAAGGUCUCAUACCUUUUCUCAAUGCUGUUAACUUUCCUGUGCUGGCCUGCAAUCUGGACUUGUCGCUCGAGCCAGAACUGGCAGCUACCCACCUAAGCAACUCCACGAUUCUGCAAGUCAAUGGCGCUAAAAUAGGCAUCAUUGGUUAUCUGACGCCAAAAACUAAAGAGGACACGUUCAGCAACGUGGUAUUCGAAGAGGAGAUCAUAGCUAUCAAUGCGGAAGCAGCGCGACUCAAGGCUAAAGGUAUUAAUAUUAUUAUUGCUUUGGGUCAUUCGGGUUACUUAAAGGAUCAGCAGAUUGCCAAGAACUGCCCCGAAGUGGAUUUAGUCAUCGGUGGACACUCGCACACGUAUCUGGAAUCAAACAAACCCAUUGCUGCGUUUGAUGAUACUGCAUCCGAAGCUAAUCGUGGUCCUUUUCCCACUGUAGUGGAGCAGCCAAGUGGCAAGAAGGUGCCCGUGGUGCAAGCUUUUGCUUAUACCAAGUAUUUGGGCAAGCUGCAUGUACAGUUCGAUGUUGAAGGCAAUCUGGUUGAGUGUGACGGUGCGCCUUUAGCACUGAAUGCAACCAUUGCACAGGAUCAGGAUAUACUGGAUUUGCUCGAGAUUUACCGUCCAAAUGUUACAGCUCAUGGACAACGCAUUGUUGGCCAUAGCAAAGUGUUUUUGGAAGGCGGCGGAGUAUGUCGCCUGAGAGAAUGUAAUCUGGGCAAUGUUAUAGCCGACUCAAUGGUUUAUGCGCGCAUGAAAGAAAACAAGAGUAUGGAGUAUUGGACUGAUGCUGCAGUUGCUCUUAUACAAGGCGGUGGCAUACGCACCUCUGUGCUUAGAAACAGCGCAGAUUCAAUCAACUUUGGCGAUAUAGUUGACAUCAUGCCUUUCAAGCUGCGUUUGCUGGUCACCCGCAUAACUGGAAAGACACUGCUCAAUAUUCUCGAGCACUCCGCUGCAGUGCGCACUACAGAUUCCAAAGGCGGCUUCCUGCAGUUCUCCGGACUUCAAGUGGUCUAUGACUUUGGCAGAGCCGCCGGCAAUCGUGUGGUGUCCGUUCUUGUUCGCUGUGCUGAGUGUAUUGCACCCUCCUAUAGUCCACUUAACACUACCGCUGAAUAUAAUAUAGUUGUAACGGAUUUUCUUUUACGUGGUGGCGAUGGAUUUGUGUUCUCUGAAACGCCAACGGAAACGUAUACGGAAUUCUUGCAGAAAGGCGAUCAAGCUGCCUUGGAACAAUAUUUUCAAGAUCACAAUUUUGUCUACCCUGGCAUCGAGAAUAGAAUAAUAAUUAGAAAUUCGACCACAUUCUAAAUAAAACUCUAAAGCCCCAUAAAUUCAUUAUGCGCUUGAUCAGGUUGUUCAGCGGACUUGGCGAUAAAAUUAUUAUUAAUGAUUAUUAAGUUUGUAGGCACUUUAAUAUUGUAAAUAUAUGUAUAAAAAUAUAACAUUUU